CCGGCCGCUCUCUUCUCCUCACCGCUCGUGUGCGACGCCCCGACCGAAUGGCUGCUGGUGCCGUGUGUCGCCGCUAGCCCCACGACCAGUUGUGCCCGAUGCACCGUCGAUCAGCGACACGCCGUGCGGCCAGCAGCGGCAGUGCGGCCGACCGGAUGGAUUAAAGCACCCCCACCACGGUUGUUGCUGCGGCAUGGAGGACGCGGUCAGCCUGCUGCAUCAGCAGUCGUCGUGGCGGCCCCAGCAGCUCGGCUGGCCCCUCUCCAUGACGCUGGGCGAGGUGCACGAGGACACGUUGCUGCCCACGGGACUCGGGAACGACCCGCGCCAGUGGAGCAAGCACAAUGUGUCCAUGUGGCUCGAAUGGUGCACCGAGCAGUUUUCCCUGGUGCCCACGGACGCUGACAACUUCCACAUGAACGGCAAGGCCCUGUGCCUGCUGUCCAAGGCAGACUUCUUGGAGCGUGCCCCCAAGGCCGGGGACGUGCUCUUCAACGCACUCCAGCUGCUCCUCCACCGGGCACUGCACACGGCCAGGAUGCACAACGGGGGGGGCCAGGGUAACGGGGCGGUUCCUCGGUCAACAGUCAUCACGCGGGACGUCCAGGGCUUUGGCCAGGUGCUGCUGCAGGACCCGGCCUCUUACAACCAGUGCCUGCAGGUGUCUCCGCUGCCAGCCGAAGUGGACAGCACGGUGAUCCUCAGCCCGGACCCCAGCUCUGGAGGGGAGAGCGGAGAACCCAAGGGGGCGUCCCCCUCACCCCCCUCCUGCCGCCACCGGAGCCCGUCCCCCGCCACGCCCACUUUCGGACCCCGGGGGGGUGUGUCCGCCUUCCCGGGCAUGGAGCCCACCCGCCUCCUGCCGCAGGCUACUUCUCCCGUGCCGCAGCAGCCCCUGGCCCUAACCACCCCAGCAGCCCGGGUGGUGGCCGACGCCCCUGGUGACAAAAUGAGCGUGCGUCUGCUGUGGGACUUCCUGCAGCAGCUGCUUAACGACCCCGAGCAGAAGUACCGCCACUGCAUCACCUGGAAGGACCAGGCCAAGGGGGUCUUCAAGAUCACGGACCCCCACCGGCUGGCCAAGCUGUGGGGCAUGCAGAAGAACCACCUAAACAUGAACUUCGACAAGAUGUCCCGGGCCAUGCGCUACUACUACCGCGUCAAAAUCCUCCAGAAGGAGCCCGGGGAGCGGCUGUGCUACAGGUUCCUCCGCCCACCGACGGAACUGCGCUACUGCAAGCAGCGGUCGCUGCUCGAGCGGACGUCAGAGCGCGUGGAGGACGAAGAGGCCCCAGGGGCCCUGGACAUGAGCAUCAAGGAGGAGUGCUCAUCCCCAUCCCACAAUGACUGAGCCAGAGUGUGCCUUGCGUGUCCCAGACCCCGAUCUCAGCCACCCGCACACCCUCGUGCCUCCACGCCGUGGGGACCACCGCCUGCUCAAACUGCGACGGCGUCUGUCCCUUCCCGACACGCGCUUGGCGCAGUGGGGGAGGGUAGAAUCAUCACCGGUGCUGCCUUUUUUGUUUAUGUAAAGCCGAGCGUAGUAUUCGGGAAAGACAUAGGACACAUUAUUUUCGGAGCACGGGUGCGUAUACGCCUUUACUCGCCGGAUUUUUAAGAGAAAGCGGCGCGCGACUAUGAAUAAAGACGGCGCGCACCUCGUUUUUAGGGUGCCUUCAUACA